AUGUUUUGGCGCUCGCCGGGGAUCGUGCAGGCGUCGCCCGUCGAUGGCAUCCUCGACCGCGAGUCGUUCACCUUGGACGACCUCCUGGACGAGGACGACCUCAUCCAGGAGUGCAAGAGCCUGAACUCGCGGCUCGUGGACUUCCUGAAGACGCGCGCGGUCGUGGAGAAGCUCGUCGGCUACCUCGUCGACGCGCCCCCCGAGGACGCGGACGCGCGACGCGAGUUCAAAUACCCGUACCUCGCGUGCGAGAUCUUUUCUUGCGAGAUCGACGCGGUGUUCAACGCGCUGAUGGACGAUGACUGCGCGCUCUUCGCGCGGAUAAUGUCCUUCGUGGACGUGGACGACGGCGCCGCCCUGAACCCGAUGCUCGCGGGCUUCUUCAGCAAGACGGUGUCGUGCGUCGUGUCCAGGCGCAGGGGCGAGUGCGUCGCGUUUUUUAAGAAGAAUGAAAAUCUCGUCGACGCGUUGGUGCGACGCGUGGACGUCCUCGCGAUCGCGGAGGUGCUCCUGCGUUUAGUCGGCGCGGACGACGGCGUGAUGCCGAUGAACAUGUUGGGGAUGGGGAUGAUGGGAGGGUUGGGCGGCGGCGUGGGCGGCGGCGGCGGCGACGACGGCAAUGAGUGGCUCGCGGAGACGAAUCUCCUCGACGGGCUCCUCGACGCGCUCGGGACGACGGACGGCGGCGUUAACGGCGGCGAAGAGAGAGAGGGCGACACCUCCGCGUCGAGAGCGGCGAACGCCGCGGAGGUGCUCGUCGGCAUCGCGCGCGCGGCGCCGUCCGCGCUCGCGUCUAAACUCGCGGAGACGGCGUCGAUGACGAAGCUCUUCGAACGCGGGCUCUCGUCGUCGCCGACGUCGUCGAGCGGCUACGGCGUCCUGAACGACGGCGACGGCGGGCUGCCGACGCCGACGACGGCGCACGGCGGCGCGUCCGCGUCGCCCCUGGUGAACGUCCUCGACAUCGCGAUCAGCGUGAUCGACGGCAAGCGCGCGCAGGGCCCCGCGCAGGCGAUGCAGGCGUUCCUCGCGAUGGAGUCGGGCGCGGAGCCGGAGCCGCCGAGGGAGGCGCCCGAGACCGCGACGCUCGCGUGCGCGGCGGCGUUGCCGAAGCUCGCCGCCGCGCUCGAGACGACGUGCGACAUCUCGGAGCAGCGGACGACGUGGGGCGCGAUGUCGCCGCCGCUGGGGUUGAAGCGCGUGAAGAUCGUGGACGUGAUCGCGACGUUGCUGGCGUCGAAGCACGCCGCCGUCGCCGACGCGGUGAUCGCGUGCGACGCGUUGCGGACGUGCGCGAACCUGUUCCGCGCGUACCCGUUCAACAACUUUCUGCAUCAUCACGUGGAGAGCAUGGUGAGCAGCGUGCUCGAGUGGGGGCACGAGGGGUUGCUUUCGAAGCUGUUCGCGCCCGUCGACGAGGGCGGGUGCGACGUGAUCGGGUUGGUGGCGUGCGCGCCGCAGACGGUGGACUCGAAGCGCGGGCCGAUUCGCGCGGGCAACUUGGGGCACGCGACGAACAUCGCGAACAAGUUGCUUCGCGCCGCCGCCGCGGGGAGCGACGGCGACGGCGCCGACGCCGACGGCGGCGGCGCGGGUAUCUCGUCGGAGCCGCCGACGAUCACGCCGCCUGUUCCCGAGAGCGUGACCGCGUUCGUGCGCGCCGCGCUCGCGGCGGACGCGAGGUGGGCGAGCUUCGAGGAGGGCGCGCUGCGCGAGAGGAACGCCAUCGAAAACGUCUUCAAGUGGCAGUGCGGCCGGCCGGCAGGGAUGGACGACGACGGCGCGGGCGCGUCGGACGACGACGACCGCGACUUCGACCUCGGUCUGGGCGGCGGCGGGUUCAGCAGGGACGUGUAUAACAGGUACGCGACCGGUCUAGACGACGACGAGGACGACGAGGACGAGGAGGAGGAGGAGGUGGAGGAGGAGGAGGAGGAGCUCGACGACGACGACGACGGCGACGGCGGCGGCGGCGGCGCGCGCGCGCGCGGUGCCGCGGGGUUGUUCCAAGGCGACGCCGGCGCGCGUCUCGCGUCGUUGACGCUGAAGGACUACUCCUCCGAGGAGGACGACGAGGUGGACGGCGACGCGGACACGAUCGCGGUGCCGAGCGGGCCGUUCGGCGCGACGACGACGGCGGCGGCGGCGGACGACGACGACGACGUCUUGCUCGUCGACUCGGACGACGACGACUCGGACGGGGUGGAGACGGCGUCGCCGGCGGCGCGCGCGACCGACCGGUCGCCGCCGACCUCGCCGCAGAAGUCGCCGUCGGAGCUCCUGCGCUCGCCGACGUCGCCUUCGACGACGACGGGCGCGAGGCCCGGGACGCCGUCGCCGUCGAAGGCGGCGACGACGCCGGGGCCGCGGGAGAACUCGGAGUUCAACGACUUCGGGUACUGGGGACCGACGAUCGACGCCGGACUGGUCCCGGACGACGUCUGA